CGGACACUACCCCCUUCGCAUUUUCCCUCCUUUCUUACUACAACAGCCUGAAGACGACGGAGGCCCGGCCGGAGCUUUCGGUCGCUUAAUCUCUCAAGACGGUGAAGGUCCAUAACCCAGAUUCCUGAUCUCUCAAGACGACGGAAGAGACUUAAUGGAGACAACCGAUCAACAACGCCCUCUUCCUGGGUUGCGUCAGUUCAAAUUGAAGAAAUUUUUUAAAUUGUGUAUGCGGUCUUUGUUAACAUCAUGUUCGCAAGAGGAUUUCUCCAAAAUAUUCUCAAAUUUUAGUCAACCUGAGCAACGGCGUAUUUAUAGAGUACUUGUUGAGGUCAUUUCUUCCUUGCAUGGAAAUAUAGAGGAUGAAUUUGAAACCACAUGUCUUGAGACAAAGGCUUAUACCAUUCUUGACACUGUUGAACAACUUGUCCAACAACAUAGUCUGGACUCUCUGUCUUCUGAAAUGACUCCUAGCAUCAGUGAUGUUUGGCUUGAUCUAUCAAAAGCCAAGGAGGAUGAGAUUGAAAACUUGACAGACAUGCUAGAGAAGGCUGAAAAGGAAAACUCUGCUAUGAGAGCUCGUAUUGAUCAGUUGAGAAAGGAAAUUAUUGAAAAUUCAGUCUCUAGAGAUGGUGUAUAAAAGGAAGCUCGUCAUUUUUCUGCAUGGAUUGCGUGAUUCAAGUUGGCUUGGUAUAAUUGUAGUUUAUAUAGGCAAAGUCUUUUUUUCUCUCUAUUGUUGUACUAAGUUUAAAACUUUCACUUAUUUCAUGAUUUUUGUUACCUUUUCUCUAUUGUUGUUCUUCUUACUCAUCUUGCAAAACAUGGAAAAUCUCAAAGCCAACAUGUCUUUAGACCUGUAAAUUGUGUUGUAGGGCUUCUGAAACCGCUAUUAGUAAUUUGUCGAAAUGUUUAUCAUUUACUUGAAGAAUGAGUUCUGUU